AGCUCUCUGCUUGUUCUGUUUCCUGCCGUCCGGUACUCAGUGAGUAUCCACGUGCGAGUUCUCUUCUGAAGCUAAGGCCUAACCUCAGGCGACUGCACGUUUAAUUAUUAAAAAAUGUCGACCAAAGCCGAACUCGCUUGCGUUUACGCUUCCCUCAUCCUCACCGACGACGAUGUCGCCGUCACUGGUGAGAAGAUCCAAACCAUCCUCAAGGCUGCCGGCGUAGACAUUGAGCCCUACUGGCCCGGUCUUUUCGCCAAGGCUGUAGAAGGUCUUAAUGUCAAGGACCUGAUCACCAACAUUGGAUCAGGAGUUGGAGCUGCCCCAGCUGGUGGUGCUGCCCCAGCAGCCGCUGCCGCCGCUGAUGCUCCAGCAGCCAAAGAGGAGAAGAAGAAGGAAGAACCUGAAGAAGAAUCCGAUGACGACAUGGGAUUCGGUCUGUUUGACUAAACCAUGGAUCACGGAAAUACUGUUUGCACAGUAUCUGAUGAUACAGGCUUUGGUCUAUUUGACUGAACCAUGCAUCAUGGGAAUACUGGAAAAACACAAAAUAGGAAAUAAAUAAUUUCUUAAAAAAUA